AUGGCACCUAUUGAGCAAGUCAAUCACCUUGCUUUUGCUAAAAGCUACCACAAGGCAUACGGCUAUUUCAGAGACAAUGAAGAUGAUGAUAUGGAAUCAGAAAUAAGGAAGUUUCAGGAAUCCUAUCGGCUUAAUGUUUCAGGAAAACUUGAUCAUGAAAUGAUCAAGACAAUGAAACAACCCAGAUGUGAAGUCACAAAAUUCAAAUUCAAUGAGGUUACUCCUGGGAAAACCGACACUGUGAUAUGGUUAUAUAGUGGUAAUCAUGGCGACCUCAGUCCAUUCAAUGGCCCUUCAGGGGUUUGGGCACAUGCUUUUCAGCCAACACAUGGAAGGCUUAACUUUGAUGCAGAUGAGCGUUGGAGCAACAUACAACCAACGACAACUGACCAAGUUGAUUUGGUGACAAUAGGGUUACAUGAAGCUGCACACAUUCUGGGACAUCAACGUUGUCAAAAUCCAAAUGCGGUGAUGUUUGCACUUAUAGGUAGGGCAAAAUAG